GGUAUUAGGGAGCUCACCCGACCGACCUGAAAGGCGCUAGGUGGAAUUAGGGAGCUCAGGGGCAGGGCCGUAAGGGCUGCUGCCUAGUCGAUAGACUGGGCGGGGCUGGAACGCAGGCGGUACCCGCGGGGACGCGAGCCCCAGGCGCCCAGAUGCCCAGACCGGAGCGACCGCGGGCUCGGCUUGGCCUCGACUUCUGGGCGCUCUUGGACUUGUGCAUCCUGGCCGUCUGCCCUUGGUCCCCAGCCGGCCAUGCCCUCACCCGCGCCUCCCACCGAGCUGCUGCCGUGGGAGCGCGCCGUGGUGCUGUUGUCGUGCGCGCUGUCAGCUCUGGGCUCCGGCCUCCUGGUGGCCACGCAUGCCCUUUGGCCUGACCUGCGUAGCCGAGCGCGGCGCCUGCUACUCUUUCUGUCGCUCGCGGACCUGCUCUCGGCUGCCUCGUACUUCUAUGGAGUGCUUCAGGACUUUGCAGGUACUUCGUGGGAUUGCGUGCUUCAGGGCGCGCUCUCUACUUUCGCCAACACCAGCUCCUUUUUCUGGACGGUGGCCAUCGCCUUCUACCUGUACCUCAGCAUCGUCCGAGAUGCGCGAGGGCCCUUGACCGACCACCUAGUCUGGGCUUUUCACUUCAUUAGCUGGGGUGUCCCACUGGCCAUCACAGUGGCUGCGGUCUCUCUAAAGAAGAUAGGCUACGAUGCCUCGGAUGUGUCCGUGGGCUGGUGCUGGAUCAACCUGGAAGCCGAGGACCGUGUUCUGUGGAUGCUACUGACCGGGAAGCUGUGGGAGAUGCUGGCUUAUGUCUUACUACCUCUGCUGUACCUUCUGGUCAGGAAGCACAUCAACAGGGCGCACCAGGCGCUCUCGGAAUACCGGCCCAUCUGCGAGGGGCGCCAGCUGCAGCGAGGCUCCUUCACCUCCAUGGCUGAUAAGAAGCUGAUCCUCAUCCCAUUCAUAUUCAUCUGUCUCCGAGUCUGGAGCACCGUGCGCUUCGUGCUGACCCUCUGUGGCUCCCCAGCUGUGCAGGCACCUGUGCUGGUUGUUCUGCACGGCAUUGGGAACACCUUCCAGGGAGGGGCCAACUGCAUCAUGUUCGUCCUCUGCACCCGCGCAGUCCGCACAAGGCUCCUCUCUCUCUGCUGUUGCCGCUGCAAUCCUCCGUCCUCCACCCAGAGCCCUCUUGGGGCUCCUACUCCACACAAGAUGGGAGAAUCUCAGGAAUCCAGAAGGACCGCAGAAGUGCCCAGCACCUGAGUGGCUGCUUUCCCUCAUUGUUCUGCCUUCCUGGUUCCUGCUGCAGGGUACGGGGACCAGGCAUCCUGGAAGCCUCCGCUGGUGAAGCUUGGACCCCGUGAAGGAACAGCCAUCAGCGCAGCCUCUUCUACCUCCCAGACUCUCAGACUCUCAGGCGGGUGGUGCAUUCCUUGCACACCCAUGUCCUGGUUCAGUGGGGUUUGUUUGUGUAAGCACAAAGACGUGAGAUUCAGCCACGCAAGGUCUUGCCAGGGCACUGCUUCUCAGUGUCCUGGGGGCCACCAGCGCUGUUUACAAUUUGAGGGACCCCAUUACCUGUGGGCCCAUCCCAGGCAGGACUGAAUGACACAUCAUGGAUCCCAGACGUCGCAGUAUGGAGUCCAGGUUUGCCCAGGGCGUUGAGAUUCCCUAGAGAGCCUGGCAUAGUCAGCAUCACUGGUCAGCAGAGGCUAAGAGUCCCAAGUCUCCUGAAGUCACAGGAGACUACCAUCACUGAUCAAGACCAGCCAGGUGCACACUCUUAGGGAUCUCACGGACUCUCCGCGUGGGUCCUCAGCCCUCGGUAUUUAUUACAUUUGCAUUUCAGCACAGGCCAGAGUCCAGAGUCCUGCCCAUUGGUGAAUCAUAUCACACUCAGGUCCCCUCCGAGUACCAGGACAGAAGGCAGCUCAGCUCCAGGCCCUAUGGACAAUAUAAUAUCUCACCUGCUGUUCUCACAAAACCCCUGUCCUCAUGUACAGGGGUGAGUUGGGAAGGGGCCUGUCUUUGCACUUUGUCUAGAUAUUUUUGUAGGAAAGGUGAUGAGAGAAUUAGGGAA